CGAGAGAGCAACAAGAAGGUCGUAUCGAGAAUAGUAGACGGGAUGACAUUUUCUUCUUCGAUUCCGAUGAUGAAGAAAGAAUAGUGAAGCUCUCAGACGUCCAGCUUCGGCAACACGUGCCUCCUGUGGCGGCAACUGAAGCGUUUGAGGCAGUCGCGAAGAGUGUCGGAGUGGUGGUUGCGCCAAAUACUGCGUCUGCCAAUGCUUCCUCAUCUUCGUCUAGGGCAGGGUCGAAAACACCACAAGCUGCAGGUAGUAAGACCGGAAAUGCACCAGGUGUAGGGACUGCACAUCAAAAGCAGACAACGACAAGUACAGGUACAAGCAAUAGUGCUACUUCUGCGUCUGCUAACCGGGAUAAAGCAGCUUCAUCUAGUUCCAGUACAGCAGACGCACACGCGCGAGCAUCCGAGGGAGCAGAAGUAGAUGAUUAUUCUUGGCAUCGUAUUCGCGAGGUGUCUAGCAAAUUAGGAAAAAU